AUGAGUCGAAGUGGCGGUUCAAAGUUAGAUUUGCAGUUGAACCUCUCAUCGGUCAGGGGUAACCUUCGCCGGCGAGAAUCACCACCCGGGACAUCUGUAUCUGUAUCUCCUCCCACCUCAUGUCUCUCGUCUGAACUCAACUAUGAAGAGGGUGUGACCAUGAGGCACUCGGGCAGUCCAGAAGCCACAUCCAUGGUGUUGGUUGGCUGUCCGAGGUGCCUCAUGUAUGUUAUGCUAUCUGAGGAAGAUCCUCGUUGUCCUAAGUGCAAAAGCACUGUCUUGCUUGAUGUCGGAAACAAGACCCCAUCAACGGCCACCGCCGGAAAAAGGAAGGGCAAGAAGAACUAG